AUGUCGUUCUUAACUAUUCUCGUUUUCGCACUCACAUUCACAAUUACAACAGCUCAGAAUAUUCAAAAAGUUUCUGACGUACCUAUUUCAUGGGUGAAUUGCACGACAUGGACUGACCAACUAUCGAUUGAAAAAGUUGAGGCAAACUUAUGGCCACCAAAACGAAAUCAAUUGUUAACUGUAACCGUUUCCGGUCAAACAAAAGAGUCAUUCAUAUACGGAGACUACAAUAAAACCAUCGUCUAUCGUGGUUAUUCUCUACCAUCGAUUACCGGUCCUUUGAAUGAUCUUGGAAUUACAUUACCUGCAUACCGAGGUCCAUUGAAAGUGACUAUAUUCAACAGCACUAUACCAGAAGUAGCACCAGCAGGAGCGUAUGAUGUCUAUGUGAAAGCAUAUGAACAGGAUCAUGCGGAAAUUUUCUGUGUCAAAAUCAGCUGGGAAUUUUAA